UUCAAGGAAACUCAUUUAUCUUGCCGUCGGGGCGGUAAUUCGAGCAUUCUUCUGUAGGCUAGGCAAUCUAUGCGGUUUCAGUAUUAUAUGGACUUUUCUCAAGAUCUUAAAGGGGCAAUAAUAAUUGUAUCAAUCAUGAUACUAAGCACUGUAAGUGGCAUCCUUACAGUAAGGAUACUUCUCGCGAUCAUGGUUCAGCCUGUUGAGAACAAGGUGUACACUCUGCCAUACACACCAGACUCUGCUGAAGCCUGUCGCAACAAAACAGCUGAAUACUACAACACACUGAUAAACCUGUGCUGCAGCAAGUGUGCCCCUGGGACACGCCUUAAGAAUGAAUGCAGCACUACCUCAGACACAGUGUGUGAACCAUGUCCCAGUGGCCAAUACAGUGGGACCUUCAAUUACUUCACAAAAUGCUUCAGAUGUCCCAAGUGUUCAGAAGGAAAAGGCCUGCAGUAUGCCCAGGAUUGCUCUAGCACCACCAAAACCCAGUGUAUGUGCCAGACUGGGAAGUUCUGCAUAAUGGAACAACAUCCAAACUGUAAGGAGUGUGGCAGUUAUACACACUGCCAGCCUGGCCAUGGUGUUGCCAUAGAAGGGACAACAGAUUCAGAUGUGAACUGUGCACCAUGCCCUAAUGGAACCUUCUCUGACCAGCACUCCUACACCCAGACCUGCCAGCACCACACAGACUGUGUGUCGCAGAGAAGGGGUGUACUGACUUAUGGUAACACCACCUCAAAUGCUGUGUGUGGACCUAAGGUUAGACCACCGACCCGCCCACCGACCACAAUUCCGACCUCUGGUACAGGGCAUACCAUGCCAAGUCUACAGAGCCUGCAUACAGAUGACAAAUCACCAGGCUUUGACCUUCGUAUAGUUUCAGGUGUUAUCGGAGGUGUUAUCGGAGGUGUUAUCCUGCUGCUGAUCAUAGGCACAGUCAUUUACAAGAAAGCCUUCAUAGGGUCCAGGCUUGUAUCUUCUAUAGAAGAUAGAAAUGGAAAUUGGGAGGCCAUUAAAUUUGAUAGUGACGGACCAAUGGUUCUUCAGAACAGUUCAUUCAUUACUAGCUAUCGGGAACAGCAGCAAUGUUUGAUGGGAAAGGGAAACUGCAGCAAUCCCAGUCAGGCAGAGAACCAGCAAGAUACUAGAAGGACCUGGGUGUCAGAGUGCUCCAACAGCCUGGAGGGCCUGUCAAUAGGCCCCCUUCAGUCCACUCCUCCACAGCCCAGCACCCAGCCCAGCCCUCAACCCACCAGCCCCCAGCCUACCAGUCCCUUGCCAUCUAGUCCCCUAGUUAAUGUCAACAUCACUGUUAACUACCCUGUGACCUUAGGAAAUGGGUCAUGCUCCACACCUACCAGCACCCACAUAGACUCAUCCCAGGCUGACCCUGAGCUCCCUCUAUCAAGGGAGGAGGAGGUGUAUGUCAACAUGCCACAGCAAGAGGGCGGAAAAGAGGCACUUACGGCAAUACAGGAGAGUGGAAAUGAUGUUUGAGGACUGGCAGCAGAUAGGACAGCACCAGACAAUAGAUUAUAUUUUAAUUAUGUUUUUUCACACUGGUUGUUUUCUCUGUUUUUAUAUGAUUGCUACUACUGUUGCUGACUGAAUUGGUGGAGAGAGACUGCACAGAAUGACUGUUCAUGUGUCUUAGGCAUGGACUUGUCAUAAUGUGCUGUGCUGGAAAGCCUUGAGCACCUGAAUAGAUUGUCAAUGACUGUUCAAAGAAUGAUUGAUAUGUGAGUAAUGUAUGUAAUCACUGUGAAUGUUGUAAAUAUACACUGAAAAAAAAUAUAAACACAACAUGCAACAAA